UCGAAAAUAGUGGCUCUUGGAUUUAAACCGAAAUGGUCAUCGAUGUCCUGAAAAGAGGAGUUUAGACAGAUAAUCGCACAUUAAAUAAAAAUGAAUAACAGGAUAUGCGUUGGUGAAGUAAAUGUAAAGUAACCGCUCGAUUCGGUGGGUCUCGCGCGUUUUGAAGAGCCGUUACAGUUAUUUGUUUACUAAAGAGUCUGACGCUAAGUUACGCGAUACGUUUAAUGUUACCUGUUUCUGCAACAUCACCUUUCUUUAUUUCUGCCAGCUUUAUCUAUUUUCAGUCAAAACAUUACAUUCGUUAGAGUUUUAGCGAUAAAAAUGAACUGGGACCAUCAACUGAGCUCCAUCCUUUCCGAGGCUGAUGGAAGUGUCGCAAAAAUGAGGGAACGUCUUACUACCCGUGGACGAUCUCCCAGAGGGACAGAAGAUGUGUUUCCAGUCAGAGACUUCACAGUUGGUGUUGAUUUGAAGCCCUCUUCCUCUCUUAGUCCUGCUGUUCAGUGGACAGAUCUGACCGCCAUCCAGACGCAGUUACAGCAACAGAGUCAGGCCAUUGAGACUUUAACACAAAAUCUGCGAUUACUGGAAAGAGAGCGAAAUGCACAGCAAAGACAAAUAGAAACAUUACAAGAGGAACAGAAGAGACUUCAGGAUAAGCUGGAACAGAAGGAGCGGGAUGCAGAUCGGACAUCACUGAGUCCUGGAAUGGACCGCCGGAUCGAGCACUGGAAGAGAGAGAUGGAUCGAGAGCUGAUCAGUCUGAGAGGACUGAUCAACAGAGCCACGACUCUAGGAAAUCAGGAAGAAAGUUUCAGCUCUAAACUGCGCAGAGAAGAGCUGGAGCAGCUCAGGAGAGAAGUGGACAUCAUCAAAAAUAAACUCUUGCGACAGGAGGAAGAUACAUUUCAGCUUCAGUCAGAGGCCAGAGAAACAAGGAGACAGUAUGAACGCAGCUCUAAGAUGUUAGAGAGUUUCACUGACUCGUACCGUACGCACAGUUUUGAUCUCGCUCGGAUGGUGUCGCAAUACCAGCACACUCAACAAGAACUGCGCGGCGUCAGGGUCAGCGUCUCUGAGCUGAAGGAUGAGGUGCGAGGUCUCGUGCUGAGAGACGCUCAUCCUUCACCUGCACACGUACAACACAAACCAGCAGUGUCAGCGGUGCAGACGAGGCCUGAGAGACGCGUGUCUUCAGGCUCAGAGGAUGAUCUCAGUCCCACACCGAGUCUGGCGGAGAUCAGCUCUGAUGAACUGGAUCCGUCGUGGCUGCAGGAAACAGAGCCGCAAACCAGGAGGAGGCGCCGCCGCGUUCAUCUCAACACAGAUCUGUCAGGAAGUGACUUCAGCGAUGCAGGAAGUGAGCUAGAUAGUGACCUGGACAAUGAUGCUGAAGUGCUGGACAGAGUUUCAGACAGUGCUCCAGAUCUCAGUCUCAGUGACCUCUGACCCUAAAGAACCGCCAUUAAACCAACAGCUGCAACUACAGGAAGUGGAGAAAGUGUUCUUGUGCAUUGAUAGGUAGGCUGAAAACAGCGUUACAGCAGUUCAUAUCAGUCGCGAUGGCUGGAUUGUUGUAAAAUCCAGGAUUCUGACUGAUUGGGAUACAGAUUUUGACAUUGCGCUGACAGAGUGUAGUAUUUCUGAAAUGGAGCUAUUAGCUGACACAGCAUGUGCACCAACAGUUUAUGAUAUAUCCAGGUUCUGUUGUUAAUAAGCUGUUGUUCGCAUGUAAAAAUAAAUCGAUAUUUUAAAAAUGCAAUAUUUAAUGUGUCAGACACAAUAAUAAUAAUAAUAAUUUAAUUGCAGCGCGGUCGCUCAGUGGUUAGCAGUUAAACAUCAGAGCUAGAAGGUCACUGGUUCGAGUCCCGGCUGGGUCAGUUGGCAUUUCUGCAUGGAGUUUGCAUGUUUUCCCCGUGUUGGCUUGGGAUUCCUAUGGGUGAUCCGGUUUCCCCCACAGUCCAAACAUAUGCGCUAUAGGUGAAUUGAAUAUAAUAAUGAUUCCCAGUACUGUGUUGCAGCUGGAAGGGCAUCCGCUGCGUAAAACAUAUGCUGAAUAAGUUGGUGGUUCAUUCCACUGUGGCGACCCCUGAUUAAUAAAGGGAUUAAGCCAAAGAAAAAAGAAUGAAUUAAUUAAUUGUGUUGUAAGCAACAUUUGAAGAAGACUUGGUGUGUAUUUUAAAGGGAU